UUGUACGCUGUACAGACAUGAGAAAAGCAUUUGGGCAAGCAGCCACUGAGAAAGCAUGAAAAGAACAAGUUGAUGCUCGAUUGGCUGACGACAUCGAUAUGUACUGCUAAUCCUUUGAUGUGAUUGGUCGACUUUGCACACUAAGCACGAUACUCGGCGCCUCACUACAUGACCAGCGCCACCUCUACGCGUAUAGAUGGAAAUGGCACAGAGGAUAAUUUGCAUAGAUAUUCGUAGCAGCCAGCUGCAAAGCGGCGACAGUCGUGUGUUGACUUUUAUGGAAGAAAGCAUCGGUCGGUGUCUGCGUGCGUUGAUUACAAAAGACAGCCUUACGGUACCUCUUGGUUCUUCGGAGUUUUGUGCUUCGCCUCUUAGGUACCAAGUGCGCGGUUUCAUCAGUCUCAGCCUCUUCCUCCUCCUACUACCACUACACUGCCGAGUCCGCGGCGGUCCCGUGCCGACACCGUUUCGUAUUAUUUUCCACUCCUGGAAGACCCAUAGGUAGACGGUUUUACUAUAAACUCCCGUGCACUCUCGCGCCACGCACUCCCUCCUCCACUCGCUAUCGCAACUUAGACCCGCCUUGAUCGCCGCCGAUGCGGUCCUUUGCCAUACUCUCCGCGCUCGCGCUGCUGUCGCCCGUCCUGGUCACCGCUCAAGGCCUUGAUAUCAACACCACCAGACCCGUCGAAUGCGAACGCAAGACUCAGAAGGGUGACAAGAUUCAAGUCAACUAUAAGGGGACGUUGCAGAAAGAUGGCACGCAGUUUGACUCGAGUUAUGACCGGGGGAAGCCGUUUGAAUUCACCUUGGGAGUAGGGCAGGUUAUCAAAGGAUGGGAUCAGGGCCUUGUUGGCAUGUGCAUAGGAGAGGCAAGGACUUUGACAAUUCCGCCCGCGUACGGCUACGGGUAUGAGGAUAAUGGAGCUAUACCCUCAGGCUCUACGUUGAUUUUCGAAACCGAAUUGUUGGGCAUCAAAGGUGUCGAUCCACCUCCCCCGAGACCUACCGUCGCCCGCCCCGACGAAGCUGUAAAACCUGCCUCAACGGUUGCCGACAAACUCACGUCCUCAACGGCUACUGGCACGUCCGCCGUCGCUGCCUCUACUACUAUUGCAUCUGAGCCCGCCACAUCUACAGCCAGUCCGAUGGAGAAGGAGGACAAUGGAGAAUGCCAUUUGCUGGGUCCGUACGCCCUGAUUGUUCAGGGUCUUCUAGGACUGUUGGCUCUCUCAUCCCUGGUAGUCAAGCGAUGGCGGGAAAGCCCCCGACGUCCACUUAAGAUAUGGUUCUUCGAUGUUUCGAAACAGGUCUUUGGCUCCGCUCUUCUGCACUUAGCCAACGUCUUCAUGUCAAUGCUCUCCUCGGGAAGUUUCGACGUGGCAUCGACAGCGACAGCUGCAGACGAUGAAGGCAACCAACCGAACCCUUGCUCGUUUUACCUGCUCAAUAUCUUCAUCGACACUACCAUUGGAAUCCCUAUCCUCAUUCUCCUCCUCAAAAUCCUUCACAGAGCCUUCCUACUAACGCCCGUCGCCCGACCUACCGAGUCCAUCCGCUCUGGAAAUUACGGUCAACCACCGCGCGCAACGUGGUGGCUCAAACAGUCCCUCAUCUACUUCCUUGGCCUCUUUGGUAUGAAGCUCUGCGUCUUCGUCCUCUUCGCGCUCCUUCCGUGGAUAGCAUGGGUCGGUGACUGGGCACUGCGCUGGACCGAAGGCAACGAAGCUGUGCAAAUCGCCUUCGUCAUGUUCAUCUUCCCCCUUAUUAUGAACGCGCUGCAGUACUGGAUCAUUGACGGCUUCAUCAAAGAACCCACUACCGAGGACAGCGACUACGUGGUAGCGGCUGGCGAUGAUACCGACGAUGACGGCGACGACGAGUGGCUUGAGCGACACAGACAGUCUAGGCGAGACCAGGAUAGCGAUAGCGAUAUUGACGCCGCGGAGACUGGGCCUCUGAAAGAAGCCAAUCCUACCACGAUCCCGAUACGCAGCAACAGUGGUGGUGUUGGUGGUAAAGGUGGUGAAUACGACCCCGAGCAUGAUGGCGCGCAGAGCAGUAGUAGAAGGUGA